AGUCAUCACCAAUCUGUCAGGCGGGGUGUUUGUUGUGGCGAGAAAAGUGAAAGUGAGGUUAAGAAACGUGUAAAUACUAGGUUAAUUCAUAUUAUUGUUAUUUAGAAAAUAUAGGAAUUAAUAUAGAAUCAAAAUGAAACAGUUACUUAUUAAUAAGGAAUUGUUACCUAUGAAAGCCCACUACUUUCUUUUUAAUGCUGGUACUGGUCCAGUUACUCCUUACCUCAGUACUUACGCCAGACAGUUAGGAUUUUCAAGUGUUGUAGUAGGUUUUGUUUACACGAUUCUUCCAAUAAGUGGAAUGUUAGCGAAACCGUUGUUCGGAUCUAUCGCCGACAGAUUCCACUGUCAAAAAAUGUUGUUUCUCGCCUCGCAAAUUUUGUUGGCAGCAGCUUUUUUGGCUGUUUUCUAUUCGCCGAAAAUCGAAAGUACCAAACAAGUACAACUUCGAUGUUAUAACAACAGCUAUAAUUUUUUGUCUAAUUAUAGUAUAACUAACUGCACACUCGACGAUCUUAGAAAGGAACAGAUUUGGAAUAAAUGCGAGAUGAGUUGUCAAGUAAGCAGUACUACAACUUUAUGUAAUGAAUGGAAUCUGAUCGAAUAUUGUCAAGAAAAUCAUAGCGAUACGUUAUCUUUUACCGCCUUUAUACCAACACACGAAACACAACCUUUAGAUGAUUCACUACUUUUCAAAAUGGAAAAUAUUACUUUACCAAACGGCCAUAUACUAACACAAUCUUGUACAACAAACUUACCUUUAACUGCGUGCCAGAUCAAUUGCCAGGGUUAUACAGUCAAUGAUUAUAUAACCGAAACGUCUGUAAAUAACGAUGACGUUUAUGGAUUAUAUCAGUUUUGGUGUUUUUUGAUUUUCAUGAUACUUGCAUGGAUUGCGCAAGCUGUAGUUGUCAGUAUUGGAGACACCAUAUGCUUUGAACUUUUAGGAGAUAAACCAAACCGUUAUGGUUACCAACGGUUAUGGGGUUCGUUAGGAUGGGGUAUUGUUUCAGCGAUGACUGGCGUCUUAAUAGAUGCGUCUAGUCAAGGCACGUCUCAAAAAAAUUAUACUUCAGCAUUUUAUAUGGGAGCAGCUUUUUUAUUUCUUGACUUCUUCGUUUCGACUAGAAUAAAGUAUUCGCAUAAAAAAGUUUCGACAAACAUAUUUCGAGAUGUUACCAUGUUACUUUUGGACGUAAGAAUUUUAGUAUUUAUCGUUUGGUGCGUAAUCGUCGGUAUGUGCACAGGACUGAUGUGGCAGUUCCAAUUUUGGCUUAUAGAAGAUUUGGCGAGCGACCAGGGAUGUUCCGGUACUACUUACGUAAAAACUUUGGAGGGUCUAAUUCAGGGGAUUCAAACGAUUUUGGGAGAAGCGCCGUUUUUCUUCCUUUCAGGCAAAAUUAUACAGAAAAUUAGUCACGUCCACACCAUGUCGUUGGUACUAUUUGCCAUAGGAAUUAGAUUCAUUCUUUAUUCUGUAGUACCGAAUCCGUGGUAUUUUUUACCUAUUGAAGUAUCGAAUGGAUUAACUUUCGGAUUAUUUUUUGCCUGUAUGGCAUCGUACGCAAGUAAAAUUGCGCCUUCGGGAACAGAAGCUACAAUGCAGGGAAUGGUGGGAGCCUUAUUCGAAGGUGUCGGAGUCUCCUCUGGAAGCGCCUUGGCUGGAUUCCUCUAUCAAACCUACGGCGGUCCUCUAACAUUCCGAUAUUUUGGUUUUGGCGCUUUAGUAACUUGCGGUAUUCAUAUCAUCAUUCAAUAUUUACUAAAAGGAUCUCAAAAUGAAUAUUCGAUAUCAGAAGAAAAUAUUGAAAGAAUUCAACGGGAAGAUGAAAAAGAAUUGACGUACUUAUACCCUAGAUAACAAAAGAAAUGAAAGUUGUUGGGGUUUAGUUGAAUUAUCUAACUUUUUAGAAUUGAAAUAUCGGAAAGAUGUAAAAAUGAUAAUUUAUAUCGACAUUUUUUGAAUUUAUGAAAAUUAGUGAACACGUAGAAAUUUAUAAAUUGCUUUCGAGGUAAAUAAUCAAGAGAUAUUGUAACUUUGUGACCAGAUUGGACUGUUUCAGUUGUUGCUCAAAAGGUACAUCUGAUUUUUAUACCAAAUAACCCUUAAUACCUUAUCGAACCUUUUAUAUAGCUCUAUAUACUUCCGAAUUUUUCUCGGUAUCUAAAAACAAAAAAAAACAAAGUAAUUGACUAAAAAGAUAGUCAGUAGCAUUAAACGUAAAAAUUAGACGUAUCGGAAAUAAUUGUUUCAAAAAGUUUUAUUGGUUUACGUCACUUCUAGCCCAAAAUUACUAUCCUAGGGUUUUCCUCUUCGCCGGAAUUGUGCUAAAAUGGGGGACGAAGUACCCCCAAAAAGGGUAUUUUUGUGGUUUUAGAUAACUAAUAAAUUCUGCAUAGUAUGAUUAUUCGUUCCCAUACUACUGCACUUGAAGCAACAACUCCAACAAUAUUUCCUUCUUUUCUCACAUUUGCUUCAACUUCAUUUUUGUACAUGUUCAAAAUUACUACAAAUUGUGUUUUAUUAAUAUUGAAAUGCAAUUUUUCUGAUCAUUUUUUAGGUGAACUGUAACUACACAAAUUAGCAGUUUUAUCACUAUCCAAAAUUUUAAAAAUAUUAAAAUUCAAAACGCCAUAAUUACACUUGAAAUGUUUUCAAAUGUAUUAACACAAACCUGUUAAAAUGUCUUGCAUUAGAAGAAUAUAUAGGACAGGAGAUAUUACUCCUCGUUGAGGUGUCUCGCAAGUGGUUUUAACAAAGGUGGUUUGAUUUCUCUUCUCCGUGUCAGCUAUCUUCGACGUCAACACUCCUUUUCUUUUGAGCUUUUCUCUGACAGGUACAUAAGUUGCGUUUUCAAAGCCUCAAAAUAUUUCCUGGAAUCCACACAUUAUAAUUCCAUCAUCCUUCAAAUGUCUUUGAAUGGUUUUAGUCAGCUGAUACAAAGUUUUUUUUGUUAAUUUUUUAUGAACAUCCAUGAAGUGGUUGCAUUUUUCGUUCUUUAAGUAAUUUCACCAAUAUUUUUAGUAAAAACUGUAUUUCCUUAUAAAUUUUACUGUAUUUUUAUAAAUUUUCAAAAAAAUUUUACCAGAUGAUAUUUCAGCAUUAUUUCUUGUUGAUUGUCUAAAAGUGUACUAAUAACUGUUGUUGAGAAAAAAAUUAAGUUAUAAUUGUUAGUUACAUAAUUUUCGAGCAUAUCGUAGAAUUUUUUUGAAAACUCCACAAAGAUCUAGGAAAGCUGUUAUUUAAACAAAUUAUAAUUAUCUGUGAUCCGACUCUUAAAUUCCAAAAUGUUUUUAUGUGUAUCUGUCCAUAUUAAAAAUUAUAUUUUGAAAAAAGUUGUAUGGAAAUAUAUCAUCGAAUCUAAAAUAACCAUUAAAUGAUAGAUAUAACAUGAAAUUAUAAUUAUUUUUGAUCUAAUUUUAUAAUUUAAAAACUUUUCUAAAUUGUAUGUCAAAAUUUUCAGAAAAUGAAAAACGGAAGCACUUUAAACAUAAUUAUCAUAUUUAGUUGUAAGUAUUAUGGACUCUACAAAUAUGAAUGAAUUUGUUUUUACAUCUGACUUUCAGAGAGGGUGCUAGAUACACGGUUCUUACCAAGUAGUAUUGAACAGAACUUUCUUAAGGUUAGACUAAAAAGAUACUCUUGGUAAAACUCGCAAAUUAUCAUGAACUCUAAAAGUACUAUAAAAUAAGUCCUAAUACAAAUUUUGGUUAUUUUCGAUCUGACUCUGUAAUUUAUAAAAUCUUUGUUGAGCUGUUUGUCAAAAUUUUAUAAAAAUUUAAACGGAAGCACGUUGAACAUAUUAUGUUUUGAUUAAUGUUGAAAGCAAAUUUAUCAUGGAUUCUAAAAAUACUAUAAAAUAAGUCCUAAUACAAAUUAUGGUUAUUUUUGAUCUAACUUAAAAUUAAAAAAGUUUUGUAAUGGAUUCUAAAAAUACUAUAUAAUAACAAAAGCCAGAUCCACACUUCCGAUAGACAUAGCCUGAAGUCGUAGACAACUGAAACAGAAUAUUUUAACUAAAAUGAGCUCCUUGGUAAACACACAAAAUAGAAAUAUAUUGCAGAUUCAGCUCAUCAUGAUAUAUUCUGUACAGUAUUAAUUUUAAAAAUUGUGGAAAUAUAUAUCUAUAUCAUUUAUUUAAAUUAUAUUAUAGUCUUUAAAUGUCUAUCUAAAUAUAUUCUUACGUUUAUAUAUUUGAUUAUCUAAGAAUAUAAUUUGGUAAUCUCUUUUUAUUAUUGUGAUAAAUUUGAGUUUUAUUUAUGUUUGUUGUUAUAAACUUUUAAAAUUUCAAAAUAAAUUUCGUUCGUUUUUGUUA